GGAAUAUGAGGUUUUUCUUUUUCAUUGCCACUCAGAGAAAAGUGUGUCAUGGCAGGAACCAGGACUUCCCUGUGUCCUCUGAAAAAGGUCAAAGGUCAAAGGUCACAUCCUUCACUGCAAACCCAAAGGGCAGUGACCCUCCUCUGAAGCUUCUCUUUCUCACCAUGGCGAUAGGAGUCUAAUGACCUCUGAAGUACUGGCAAACAGCAGAAAACACACACACACACACACACACACACACGCUCUUCCCCAAACUCUCAAUCUCUAUCACCAUCAGAGUCCUGUGUCCAUGCUCAUCUCCGCUUCCUCUCAGACGUAUUGAUCUUUCAGAUGCCUCCGGCCUUAGUGUGUAUGUGAGAGAAAUUCCCUCUUAAGAUAGGGGCUCUUAACAGAGACAUUAUCUGAGAGUGUGUACUGUCCUGGAGUGUGUGUGUGAAAAUUCUUUUUACCAGGGAAAGAUGGGAGUCGUCUUUUAGUCAGUGCAUAGUGUGUAUAUGUGUGUGUGUGAAUGUGAGGGUGCAUUUCUGUGUGUUUUGCUCUGUAUGCAUGUGUGUGUGUGUGUGUGUGUGUGUGUGUGUGUGUGUGUGUUCAGCGGGUACUUUGAAUUAGACAGGCACUUAGGGAUAGGGACAGACAUGCCCUCUGUAGGUUAGGAGAGUAGCACCCAGAGAACAGACAGCAAAGGGAUCUCAUCUCCACAAAUCCCAGUCAAGGUGCCUGAAAAAUGCAGUUACUCACGCUGCUGCUGUUCCACUCUGUGUUUACCACUCACUCCUAUGUUCUGCAGCCCAGGUUGAGUGUCACAACGGUGGAGGAUUGGGAGUAUGAGGCUGACCGCUGGCCAAACAGGACAGAGCGUCCACUGAGGGAGGAAGGGAAGGGGGGGAGUCGAGAGGAAGAUGCUUACGGGCCGACAGAGCAAGUGGUGGGAGGAAGAGAAGAAGGAGAGGAGGAGAGGAGAAAUGAUGGAUGGCUUGAGGGAGAGAAAAAUGAGAGAGAAGAAGUGGAGCAGAACGGAGAACAGAGAGAGAUUGUAGGAGGGCUAAUUGACCAUGCAUACACAGAAGAGUCUGAGAAAACAGCAGCGGUCAGUCUAAUUUCCGAGAGCAUUCCACAUCCCCCUGAGGGAAUCCAUCUUACAGUUCCCACGAAUGUCAGUCAACUUGUCAGUCAGGAAACCAUUCUCGUGUCCACUCCAGCUGCUACCUCACUGUCUCAGGAUGCUGUCGACCAAAAUCCUCUCCAGACAAGUCUGUCAGUUAUCCUACCUCCACAGCCCUCAGUGGAACUACAGGAGACCACGCUAUUGGCUAGCAGACUCGGCCCACAUGAUGACCUCACAACACUUCAGGAAGUAAUGGAACAUUCUCAGGCCGUCCACAUGAGGGAGGCAGAAUCCAUUCCACCAGCAGUGGAGAUACGGCCUACAAGUAAGGCUGUGCUCAGCACGACACACAACCAAGAAUCUGGAGCUCGAUACAACACAAACACAGCUCAGCCAGAGACAUCAAGUGGAAAAAGCAAGCAGAAGCUUAGCCAAAAAGCUAACAGCAGUGAAUUUUUCCAAAAGCCUAAAAACAACCAGACCACUCGUGCCAAGUUAAAAGUCCAGCAAACUGUGAUUAAACCCCUCCAAAGUUCAAAACAGCACUUAUCUCUACUAAACAAAGCCAUUUCUAAUCAGCAAAGAACCAAAGCAACACUCAAUGAACGACAACAUAAACUGACCCCUAAGACUAGCCAAAGCAAACUUCAAAAACAUGCCAAGAAAACAAAGGACAAAAAAAUAACCAGAUCUCUGAAGAAGGACAAGAAAGACAAGCAAAAGAAAAAGGACAAGAAAGAGGAAAUACCCACAACUCUGUACUUUCCUUUCUUUAAAGAUGACUACUGUCCCUCGGACUGUGCCUGUUAUGGAAGAGUUGUCCAGUGCUCUGAUAAAGGAGUGGACAAAGUUCCUUUCGGCAUCCCCUACAACUCUCGCUACGUCCUCUUGAUGAACAACCGUAUCGACAGCAUCCAGCUGGAUCUCCUGUCCGAGUACCUCUCCAUGGAGUUCCUGGUGCUCAGCAACAACCGCUUGACCGACAGUUCCGUGGAGGGUUCCUUUGAGGGAGUUCAGAACCUGAGGCGUCUCUACCUGGACAGGAACUUGCUCCAGAGCAUCCCGGCGGACCUGCCGGCCUCGCUGGAGGAGCUGAGGCUGGACGGCAACAACAUCAGCGUGAUGUCGGAGGCAGCGUGGGGCCGCUGCCCCGGCCUGCUCAUCCUCAGCCUGAACAACAACAGCCUGGGCAGCGGGUCGGACUCCCUCUCCGCCGGUGUGCUCUCUCCGCUGGGCAGCAUCCGGACGCUGAGCCUCAACCACAACCAGCUCCUGGCCGUGCCCUCCCAGCUUCCACUCAGCCUCCGCGAGGUCUAUCUCCGUGGCAACCUCAUCCAGAGUUUUCACGGCGAUGUCUUCAUGGGCGACUCAGAGCUGCUGGUCCUGGACCUCAGCGCCAACCGGCUGGGCAACAAGGGCCUUGGCAAGGACGCCCUGGUCAAUGCCCAUCGGCUGGAGAGCCUCAACCUAGAGGGCAACCUCCUGAGGCAGGUCCCUCGGCACCUUCCCCCAUCGCUCAAAACCCUCAACCUGGAGGGCAAUGCCAUCGCUUCGGUGGGCAAAGCCGCCUUCAAACGGCUGCCCAAUCUGGAGCACCUGGGCCUGGCCCGGAACAGGAUCGCCAGGGUGGCGCUGGGCGCCUUCCGAACCCUGCCCGUGCUUCACCAGCUCGACCUUUCCCAUAAUUCUCUGCGGCAUGUGCCCAGGCAGCUCCCGACGUCACUCCACUUUGUGUCGGCCACCCACAACAAGAUCCAGUCGGUGCCGCGGGAUGCACUGUGCCCGGGGGGUGUCGACGCGCCCCUCAGCCAGCUGGUCAGGGUCCAGCUGGAGCACAACCUGAUCGACAUGAGCAGGCUGGACACACGCGCCUUCCAGUGUCUCCGAGGCUUCCAAGUGGUCCAUUUUGACUGAGAGCGUAGGGAGGGCACGGACAGUGGACUUGUGACAUGGACUAUGAAAUGGUUUGUGUCAUCAAUAAAUAAUGUUAGUUUUAACACAAAGAUCCAAUUUAUUAAUCCAUUUAGGAUUGUGGCUAAAAAAAAUGCAUUUGUACAUCACGUGGCUUCCAGGUGGUCCAUUUUGGCUGAUGGAAACGAUAGGUCUAUGUCAAGUGAGGGCAGAGACUGUGUGGACAGACACCUGUGAAGUGGAGAGUCACAGGGUUUGUCUGACCGAUAGAUAAUGUCAUUGAAAAUAAUCUGAUAAUAUUGCUUUCUGCACUUUUCUUCAUUCAUUCUGGAUCAGGGCCAAAUCUGUUGUAAGCAUAUGGCGUGUCCGAGACUUCCAGAUGGUCCACCGUGGUUGGUCAUAUCCUUUUUCAUGAACAGAUGAAUGUGGCAGCCAAAUCAUUAGAUUAUUUCUCUUUAAACUGUUUUUUUCCCCCGGAUCUUUACGGAAGAGAGGGUCAAACAUGGGCCAGCCUUUUGACAGUCUCAGCUGUUACUUUGGAUAUCACCCCCCCCCCCCCCCCCCCCCCCCUCAUGUUAGUGGAUCCCAUUCCUUCCUGGAUACAGCAGUGUGUUCUCUAGCAACACCAACUCAGUAACAAAUCUGUCUUGCAGAAUGCUGAGUUGUGAGAUGGUGUUGAAAACAUUUAUUCUUUUGCCGCUGUGUAGUCUCCAAGUCUCUCAUCACUUUGACAUCACACAGGAGAGCCGUCCUCUCCCGAGAGAAAGUGAAAUACAACUGAACUGCUUUUCAUUACCUGUGCAGAAGAGAGUCAUCACAGGGCUGCAAUGUUUUAUGAUUCUGGGGAAAGCGCUUGGCUAUGGUGGAGGGGCCUUUGGCUUAUGAAUACGUAAUGCAAUACAAAGGUGUCAGGGAAAAUGAAAUGGUGCAUUUACAUUGGAGUGCAGAACACUGACUUUGAGAGCUCUAUAAGUGUUCAAGGAAACAAUUUAGUCACAUAACAGUAUACAUAUUGGGCAAUACAGCUAUAAAGCAUUUCUGUGUACACAGUGUGUUUAGUCCUUAGGCGUCACAAUGUAUCACAAUAAACUUAAGCUUGCAUUGUGUGUGUGUGUGUGUGUGUGUGUGUGUGUGUGUGUGUGUGUGUGUGUGUGUGUGUGUGUGUGUGUGUGUGUGUGCAUGUACAAAUUUGCGUGGUGUAACAUGUGAACACUGGAGCUUGUAUUGGGAAGUACAGGAGAAAAGCUGACUACAACAUUGUGGAUGUAUUCUCAAUGCAAGUGUGUGUACAGCUCAUCUCCAGAAGGGGGCAGUGUGAGUCAACCUAAAAUCACAAGCCUUUAUUCCAUGGAAAAUUAACAUGAGAGAGCAGUCUGAAACUUUAUAAACUGAUUUGAAAAGUUUUAAGUUCAUUUGAAGUUAUUGUCCCAAAUACACUGUGUAGUUCUUUAUGUAUAUGAAUGCACAAUUAAAUCCAUGU